AUGGUUGAUAAGUAUAGUGGGCAUCCGAAGGGUUUCGCGUACAUUGAAUUCGGAGAUGAAGCUGCAGUCCAGAAUGCUCUCUUAUUGAAUGAUACUAUGUUCCGAGGCCGACAGUUGAAGGUGUUGCAGAAACGCACCAAUUUGCCCGGCUACAACGCCAAGGGCGGUAAAGGAUGGGGAAAGGGUAAGGGUUAUUAUGGGAGGGGAUGGUACGGUAGCUCGAAGGGUAAAGGGAGCAGCAAGGGCAAGGGAAAGGGCGGCAGCAAGGGGUGGUCCCCGUAUUAG